AUGACCUUCGGGUCCACGCUUCUUUUGGGCAUGGACGAACGCGCCGCGAGGCAAGACUUCUCCUGGCCGGCGGGCGGUCAGGUAGCAACGCUUUUCGUGCCGAAGCCACUUGAUUCCGUUUCCGUGACUGGCGGUGCUCAGGUCUGGGUGGAUGUCGUUACUGGUGACCUUUCUGCAGACGGCAAGAGCAACCUCUCGGUCCAGCGCUUCUUGUCUGCAGUGAACAGGUCACACCUUUUCCUGGCAAACGACGCCAACAUCACUGUUCAUGCAGGCGACAUCGGGGAGGUCUUCGUGCAGGCCUGGAAUGGCGCCAUCGUGAAUCUGCAGGGUGCAAGAGUGGACUCUAUGCUCAGAAUCAAGGUGGACACGAGCUCCUCCGUGCUCGUCAAGGCAGCACCAUUGCCGCGGCCAAAU